AUGAUGAUCGUUUAUGUUUUAGCUGCAAUAAUUUUAAAGGCAAAUCCAGCAUGUUCUGAUCUUGUUGAGAGUACACAGCAGUCCAUAGACAAACAGCAAAGUAAAAAGCAAAUCGAUCAUGCUCACUUGAUGAUUAACGACAUUAGCAGUCUGCAUCUAAGCGACAGGUUUUCAGAUAUCGUUUUAGUUGUAGAUGGUGAAAGAUUGCCGGCCCACCGUGUUGUGUUAGCCUCACGCAGUAAACAGUUCAACGACCUAUUGUACAACGGUCUUAAAGAAUCCUAUCAGAUGGAAGUGCUAAUAAAAAAAACAUCAAUAACUUCAUUUAAAAUACUUCUUCGGUAUAUUUAUUUUGGUCGAAUGGAUUUAAGUAUUCUCGAGGAUAAAGUCAUUUUGGACUUAUUUAGGAUUUCGAAUUUAUUCGGUUUAACAAACUUAGAACUUUCACUGUCCGAGUAUUUGCGCAGUAACAUAAACUUAGACAUUGUGUGCUCGGCGUAUGCUGUGGCACGACUUUUACAAUGCAAAGAUCUCCAAGACGGUUUACUCGAAUUUAUCGACGACCACGCAUUGGAUGUAUUGCGAUCCAAAGAUUUCCUAUCCUUGUCACCCGAAGCACUACAAGACGUUCUCAUGUCUCGUGACUCGUUCGUUGCUGAAGAAUUGGAUAUACUCUUGGCGGUUUGUCGCUGGAUCGAAGAGCACCAAAACCACCUGGAUCCCGAUACCAAGACCAAAGUUUUAUCUGUCGUCAGAUAUCCGUUAAUAAGUGAUGAACAGCUGUCCGAAGUCAGGGAAUCACAGUCGGUUAGUUCGGAUUUUAUUUCGGAUGCGGUGAAAUUGAUAAACACGUUGCCACCGCAUAAACUGAAAUUGCGAGAAAAAGGAAAAAAAAAUAUCAAUUUUGCCGAUCCUUCUCAAGGCAGUCCAGUUAUCGUUGAAAACGGCAAUGCUAUUACGCUGAAGUUGAGUCAUCCGUCAUUUGUAAACUACAUCGAAAUCAAUUUACUACAUCGAUCCUUUAGGUCUUACAUUUAUUACGUUGAAGUUUCGACGGAUCAACACGAUUGGGUGCGCGUUGUGGAUUAUUUAAAUUAUAACUGUCGAUUGAUUCAACGUUUGUGGUUUCGCCCACAAGUAGUUCGGUAUAUAAGAGUAGUCAGCAACAUGCCUCCAAAUUUAAAAUUUUUAAAAGUAAUGUACAAUACGCACAAAGUGAAAGUCAAAAACGGAUUAGUGGUCCCUAAGUCUAAUGUCGUUUCAAUAUCUAUGAAUGCAUCCAUAAUCGAAGGAAAAAUUUAUACAAAUUACCGUAUGCCGUUAGAUGGCAGUUAUACUGACUGGAUACGGCUUUGGGAUGGCGAUGGCCAAUAUUACAAAUACAUUGUUGAAUCUUCUGUCAAUUACUGGAAAUGGGAACCUAUAGUAAACAAAUCUGAGGAGCUGGCACGAUCUUGGCAGGUGUUUCAAUUUGAACCCAGGCCGAUUGUAUACAUUCGUAUUACCGGCAACUACAGUUCAACAGACAAUCUUUUCCGUAUUAUACUUUUGGAGGCUCCCGCUCAAAAAGCGUCAGGUUCGAAAAUCAUUGAAGUCGAGCCUGCUGUAGAAAAUAAUGGGACAAAGGACGAAACAGAUAUGAUAAAACCGUCGGCGGCAGAAGAUUCAGCCAUUUAAAUCAAAUUGGAAUUACAAGCAUAUGUAUAGCGAAUUACACAGACAUUAAUAUCAAAC